UGAUUUUGUGUGGUGGUUUGAGAAUUUGAACAUUGGGUUUUUGGAGUACUUGUGGUUUUUUGUCAUGGAUCAAAGGUGGAAAAGGUUACCCUUGCUAGUAAUCAUCUUGUUAUUUUGGAGGGAUGCUGAUGGAUUUAAAGGUGGAGUUUCUUCCAGUGCCCAUCAUGGGUGGGGUCAGCCUUCUGACGCUUUCUCACCUCGUGCAGUCCAGUCUUCUAUGUCAGAGGUCCAUGUGACUGGGAUUUUGCCUGUUGAAGAAGUGGGCUCCAGUUUGUUCCCUAACAAACCCCUGAAAAGCAAGUCCAAGUUGAAUCUACUUCAGUUUGUCAAAGGUGGUUCCAGCAGCUAUCAGUCAAUGUCCCAUGCCCAAACUGCUCCAAGCAGCUCUGUCUCCGCUUCCUUGCCUCUGUCCCUGAAUCAACAGCAUUCAAGCAGUUUGGCAUCCUCUGGAUCAACCAUUCCAGGUGUUGCUGGUGGAUUAAGUUUGGAGACCCAAUAUGCUGCAAGUGGUUCAGGACAAGUUGUUUCUACCCUAGGAGAGCGUAGUAGCUAUCCUGUUAAGCUUGGUGUUUCUGGCCAAUCCACCAGUGACACUUUGCAUGUGUCCGGCUCCCAGGAAACCUCUGUUCAACUGGCAGAAGCCUCUUUGCCUGCGUUCUCUAAGAAAGUCUCUUACCGCAGUUCAUCUGCUCCAGGUGUUACUUCCACUUCUCGGCGUAGCCCUGCACUACUUUCACAAAGCUUGGGUCAACCUGUAUCUUCUCGGGCUGAAGUUGGCUACAGUGGUUCGUCUCAAGGUGCCUCUAGUCCGUAUACCCCAGACUCCAAUACCAUGCUCGGUUCUUCGACUUCUAGUCAGCCCAGUGGUGACCAGAGCUCCCCCAGUGUGUUUGGCUCAAGCUUUCAGGGUAGUUCUGACACCUUUUUUAGCGUCUGGUUUUUCUCUUCUAGAGGAAGUGGCAGGGCUUAGACCUCUUGACUUGUCUUCCAAAUCUCCAGAGACGUCCAGUCAGUUUCAGCCCUUGGUGGCAUCUAGCCAGUCAACAAAUGUUCAGGGUUCACCUAGUGUCUACGUCAAGCACCCAGAGCAGGUCUGGCCUUCAGUUAGCAACGUCCAGUCAUUUUAUCCCUGUGCAAGGAGGUAGUAGCUCUGUUAGUUUAUAUCUCAAGCCUCAGGGCACUCUGGGUCAGUAUGCUCCUGCCAAAUAUACAAGCACUCCCAUGUCUGCACCCCAAGCUACCACAAAUAGUGGGUCUUCCUAUAGAGCUGUUUCAUAGGUUGGUUCUCUCUCAAAUGGGAGCUUCUGGUCAGUUUACAUCUCUGGGUGGGAACUAUUACAGGGGGUUGCUUCCACAGUCUCAAGCUACCUCUAGUCAAUAUGCUCUUGGCUACUCCAAGCCCAUUUCCUCGCCCCAAAGCACUUCCAGUCAGUCCACCAGUGCCUUGAGUUCCCGUAAACAAUAUAGCUCUGCCUACCAGGGCAGCUCUGGGCCUCAGUUUGGGGGGCUCUACAGGUUUUGCCUCGCAGGGAAUGAGCAGCUCUUACAGUGGUUCUGUCCAGUCUCAAGGUACCAGAAAUCAGUUUGCUCCUGGGUCUUCCCCCUAUGCAAGUGUAUCCCUGUCCUCACCCGAAGCUGGUCCAUCUACUACUGUUCAGGGUUCUCGGAAGCGGUUUACCUACACCUACACUGGCAGCUCUGGCACACAGACAGGAUCUACUCCCUUCACCCUGCAUGGAAGCACUGCUUAUGGUGGAUCACGUCAGACUCAAGAUGCUGAAAGUCAGUAUGCUCCUGCGUCUUCCCCCUAUGCAGGUGUAUCACUGUCCUCACCCCAAGCUGGUCAAUCUACUACUGUUCAGAGUUCUCGGAAGUGGUUUACCUCCACCUACACUGGCAGCUCUGGCACACAGACAGGAUCUACUCCCUUCACCCUGCAUGGAAGCACUGCUUAUGGUGGCUCACGUCAGACUCAAGAUGCUGCAAGUCAGUUUGCUCAUGGGUCUUCAUUCCCAUAUGCAAGUGUCGUUCUUACCCCAAGGUGUUGGUAGUCAGUCCAGCCAAGCAUAUCAAGGCCAUUCUGUGUCCCAAAGCCAGAAGUCUCAAAGAUGGCAGCCUUCAGCUGCUCGUUGGACACCAGUCAUUCAGACCUCAGAUGCAGCUGCAUCACAGGGUAGCUCUUCAUCUCAAAGCUCUCCAAUGCAGUUCUCUUCCCUGUCAUCUGCAGGAGGCUCAUCUUCAAGAGUUUCUGGACCGUUUGUUUCUGCACCGGGUGGUAGCACCAGUUAUGGUGGCUCUUUCCAGUCUCAAAGCCUCUCUACAAAGUAUACCCCUGGGUCCCAGCUUCUGCCCUAUGUUCCAAGUGUUGCUGGUCAAGGCACAUCCAGUGCUUCUUCUGAGGUCUUGAGUAGCCACAGUUCAGUGAAUAACCAGAAUGCUCCUGCUCCGUCCCGCAGCUCUUCUUCGAGUCACUUCUACUCCGUCAAGGGCUAAAAGACUCUGGUAAACUGCCACAUGAUGCAUGUCUUCCAUAAUUGAAAGUUCAAUGAAGCUUUGAAGCAAAGCAGC